AUGGAUACCUUAAGUGAAGAAAGUAGUGAGUUAUUUGAAGAAGACACUGAAAAAUCCACUAAAGACCCAAAUUCUAAUGAACUUCAAAACCCAAACAAAAAAUUUAAAUCUAAGUACAACAAGAUAGAUUUUUCAAAACGUCAAUUGGAAAGAGCCGUUAUUAUUCAAAAUUUACAAAAACAAAAUGAAACGAUUUUAAAUAAAGUGACAAACAAUGACGAAACAGAUUUAUUUUUCCAAAGUAUUGCGGCAAUGGUGAAAAAACUACCUCCUAGAGGCAUAAGCGAGGCAAGACUUCAAGUUCUAAAAACGGUGUCACAACUCGAAGACAAGUAUUUAAUUAAUCCUCAUGUACCUACCCCAGUGGCAUUUUCAACUACCACUGUUUCUGGAUAUGAUUACAACAUAGCCCAGUCAAGUUCUACACCAUCAUGUCAAAGUUUGCCAACAAACUCGCAAGGAUUUGUACCAUUUGUAUAUGACAAUAAUUUUACAAAUCAAAAAUAA